AUGGCCUCCACCGACUCUAGCAAGAUUGAAUUUGCAAAGCAGAAACAUGUCAAUUUCAUCAUAGAGCAAGAAUCGAACCGGUCCUACGAAUACUGGCUCUCUGAGCACCUACGAAUGAAUGGGCUCUACUGGGGUAUAACAGCACUCGUCACCAUGCAGAGCCUAAAUGACACCACACUCAAGCAAAAUAGCGUGAUUGACUUUGUUAUGAGCUGCUGGGAUGCGAGAGCAGGGGCAUUUGGCGCGUUCCCGCAACAUGACGCCCACUUGCUCUCCACCCUAUCAGCAUUGCAAAUUUUGAAAAUCUACAGUGAUGAACUAGUGCUGCUUUCCCAGGAGCAGAAAUCGCAGUUAGUCGUAUUUAUCAAGUCGCAGCAGUUGCCCAAUGGCAGUUUCCAGGGAGAUAGCUUUGGUGAAGUAGAUACCAGGUUCAUAUACACGGGAGUCUCGGCGUUGGCACUAUUAGGCGAGUUGACCCCCGAGAUAUGCUCGCUAGCAGCCGGUUUCGUAAUGAAGUGCUUCAAUUUCGACGGCGGGUUUGGUCUUGUACCAGGGUCGGAGUCGCAUGCAGCUCAAGCUUUUGUAUGCGUUGGAGCAUUGGCGAUUAUGGACAAGUUGGACGUGCUUGGUGCUGCCAACGACGUCAAGUUGGCCAGUUGGCUCAGCGAGAGGCAAGUGUUGCCCCUGGGUGGAUUCAAUGGAAGGCCGGAGAAAUUGCCCGACGUGUGUUACAGUUGGUGGGUGCUCUCGACGUUGUCUAUUUUGGAAAAGAAGCACUGGGUGGAUUUGGACAAAUUGGCGCGGUUUAUCUUGCUGUGCCAGGAUUUGGAAAAAGGUGGAAUCAGCGAUCGGCCCAAUAACCAGACUGACAUUUACCAUACUUGCUUUGGCAUAUGCGGCUUGAGUUUAAUUGAUUAUGCAAAGUAUGGUUUUGACGAAAUCGACCCCGUUUAUUGUAUGCCUACCCGCAUCACCAGGAAUUUUAAGAAAUGGAAACUUACACUGAAGUAG